UGUAGGGGAAGUAGGACUGUAUCGAGGGGAAGUCAGAUUGUAACAAGGGGAAAUUGAACUGCAGUGUAACUUAUACAUCAUGUAAAUACUCACCACAUCAACCUGCGAAGGGCUGCAAUGAUAAAAUAAGUCGAUUUUGCACUUCCUCUUUCAUUUCCGUUCACGAUUAUCGAAAACGAGGCAAAUGGCAUCCAGACUUCCUAAAAAUGCACUGUCUCUAAAACAGUUCAUGUUACGCAGAGAAGUGCUGAACCUAUAUCGACAAAUUCUGCGAGUGAUUCGUGAGGUUGAGGAUCCAAGUCAACAGAAAUAUUUGAAAGAUUGGGCGAGAACAGAUUUUCAGCAGAACAAGCAGUUAACCGAUCAGAUGGACAUUCGCAUGUCUUUAGCAAGAGGUCAGAAGACAUUGAGCGAGAUGCAAUCGACCAUAAGAAUGGCUCGCUAAUCUACAACUGGCUUUGUAUGUGAUAGAUAAUUACAUGUACCAUUGAAAAAACAUCUAUAUUGUAUACGUGUAGAUACGACUUGAUCUUUUGCAGAACCUAAGAAUAAUACCAGAGAUAUAAUUUAAUUACAUUGAGACCUGAAAAAUUGGUGCAGUUGACGAAAUAGACAAUUUCCAUGUCUGCUUUUGAUAAUCAGAAAAAGCAAUGUCUUGCCGCAGUGGAUCUAAGUCGCAAAGGAAGCAUUGAUGCUCCGAUUGUUGAACUGAUCGAGAAAAUAAAUUCAAGUGAGAACUAUUUCACGACAAGCUCCUGCUCUGGACGAUUGUGUAUCUACGAGAGUGGUGAAAGUAGGAAGAAAGGUUGCAAAUGGCUACUUGUUAGUCACACUAGUCCCGAGGUGAAUGAAGUGAAUAAAUCCCUGGAGGAGAUUUCGGGUGAUGUUGUGUUUAAAUUCGAGCCUUUUAUUUUACAUAUUCAGUGUCGUGAAGUAGGGGACGCACAGACUUUACACGCAGCUGCAGUCGCUUCUGGGAUGCGUAAUUCGGGAAUCACAAUCGGACAAAAAGGGAAAAUUAUUAUAGCAAUUCGCAGUACUCAACAUCUAGAGGCACCUUUGUCUCAUAAUGGAGAGAUGUUGGUCUCGUCAAAGUACAUUGAACACCUUGUGAAAUUAACAAAUGAGAAAUUUGUAGAUAAUCUUGUUCGUAUUGAAAGAUUUACAGAAAAUUUUGUUCAACUUUUACAAAGACGCAAUUCAGAAAAUCUCGGUAAAAAGUCUGACAAGAAACAUUAUCCAGAGAAAAAAUUUAGUGAUUCAAAAAAGGGUGAUAAGGACAAUAACAUUGAAAUUGAAGUCAAUUUUGAUGAAUUUCUGUAACAAAAUACAAGUGAUGUUCUAGUUCAAGUUCAUUGCUCAGAAUGAAUAAAAAAUGAUCUUUUGCAAAAUUUUGAAAAAUUUGUGACCGUGCUGUCCAUUACUGUCGACACAUAAGCUUUGUUGGAUCACUUUUGUAUUAGUAUUAAUAAAGUUGUGAAAUGACAAAUGUAUAGAUGGCAUUGGGAUCAAUAUGUUCUGUUCACAAUUAAUUUUUCUGUGAUUUUAAACCAGGUGUGUUUACAUGUAUCCUACACCUUACAUCUGGAAUACUUCUUUGCAGUUGUUUCCUAUUGUUUUAGAGUAAUAAGAGAUUCUCAUUGUGAUAUUGUAAGACUUGUAGAUAAUGAAUGAAAUGGAAUUGUUCUUCAAAACAUAAAGCAACAUAGCUUAAAUAAACAGUCAUGGAAGUAAAUUCAUGCAAUUUAAAAUAAAGGCAACAAAAGUCUGUUUUGGCUCAGUUUUUUAUGUCACCACUAAAUGUGGUUACAUAUUGUUGCAUUACUGUUCGGACCCUUGGCAAAAGCUGGCUAUUGGCCGGUUGGUGUUUGGCAGCUGGUGUUUGGUGGUUAGUGUCUGUAACAAAUGGCAGGUAGUGACAUUUUGCAUGUUAAUGCCUUGUCUUAAAUGUGUUGACUCCAGUUUUCUUCGUGACUGCCACCACUAG